AUGGCCUUUGCUCGCCCAAUGCUCGCUGCCGACCCGCUGGAGGUCCAGGCCUUGCAAUCAGCGACUUUCCAAUGCAUGAACCCAUUGUUUCGCAUUCAGUGGCACACGGGUGCGAACGACUUGGGUCAACUUGAGCCGCAGCCGGUUGUGCAUGACCGCUUGUUGAGAUGUGCCAUGUGGAAUGGGAAGUCCUCCUGCUGCAGUACAAGCCUUGAACCAUUCCAGCUGGUGGUCUUCAAUGCGCAUAGGGACCACAUAGAAGCUCAGGUGCUGAUAUUAGAGCAAUACUUAGCAUCACUUGUGAACUUGCGCAGCUCGGAAGUCUGCGAAAAAUCAACGCAGCUUGAGCAGCAAUUGCUGGACAGGGCAAUCGAUUCCAUGCAGGCGGCGCUCGAGUUUGCAAAACCUUGUGUUUUGCACUUCUUGGCCUUUGUGGCGGGCAUGAUCUGCUUCAGUUGCCAGCCUGAUUGGGUAAACUAUGUAUGGCGCAAUGGAUAUGGGGAGGUGGUGGGCGUGAAUGUCGAUCCAAAUUCUUGUAUCUACGUCGAUCGCGGAUGUGGUGUGUUUGGACAUGCAGUGCAGGAAGCAUACAUGCACGUGAUGGAGAGCCAGCUGGCAAAGCGCCCAGCAGCUUCCCUUCCAGACUUCUCAAUGUUCUUCAGCCGAGAAUCAUUGUGCAAGUGGCUCCGUAGCACUGUGGCGCUGGAGCCCAUGGCAUUCAAGUCGAGUCAAGUAGCACGGCGCUUGAGUCAGCACAUGUCCAUUGCAGAUGUUGAAGGCAGCAGAGGCUUGGCUUCAGCAGAUACUGCUACUACAAGCGUGUCCUUGCCUGAAGCCGUGGUACAGGCUACAGCGAUACCAACGUCUUUCCCGCUCACAAAGGCCCCGACAGAGGCAUCUUCACCUGCACUGGCGGUUGAUCCAGCUCGGGACGGUUUGCUGUCGGAUUUUCGUAUUCACUUCGCGCCUGGAUGA